UCAAGUUCUUAAUUGAUUUCAGCUGCGUCUCCCCCGCCUCUCCUCAUAAAGCGCCCCCACCGUGACGGAUGUUAAUCGUUUAUUUUGCGUUGGAUUGCGUGGGUUGAACAAUCCGGACAUCGUGGCCACCGACGUGGACCUCCCGCCACCGGGACCCACGCACACCGACCACCACACUGGGAAGUGUCCUCUGCUCACAGUGGAAGCAGCAUGGAAGAACUGCAGCAACUCUGAUGGAAACGUGGACCUCCACGCUGUUGAACUGUUCUAGGCCUACUACAAACCGAGGCGGUCCCACUCGGUUAAAGAUCUCGUGGUCAAUGCGGCAGACCGCUGGACCUGGACGUCACCUUCUGCAGAUACUUCGCUGCCCUCAGGAAUCCACGGAUAACUUGAAACAUGUCCGACUCCACAUGUCCGAAAAAUCGAGGAUGGAAACUUGUGGAAGGAAGAAAGGGGUCUGUUUUUGCUCAACCCAUAACCCCACUGAGCCCUUCUGUGGAAACCUGUCUGACUGACCCUACUGACUGGGGGCCUGUUGAUGUGUGUUUGGUUGGUCUGGACUGGUAGAAGGUUUGCUGCUUGUGAUCUGCAAGGUGGUCCUGGGUUAGAUGCGGUGUCUGACUUGCACACCACUCUCCCAAUUCUAUUCUUCUCUUUACUACUUCUACUUUCAAUACACUUGCUGCUGCUGCUGCUGUUGACCGCUGGUGGUGCAAUGUGGUUUUUAUUCGCGUAUGUUCUGUGGACUUUGCAUUUGUAUUUUAAUGAACAUGUUUACUGCCUGUUAGACCUCGGAUUGGCAAACCUAAACUCCUUCACUGGCAAAAUGUAGAUGCAAAUUAAAUGCCAAAAUUAACAUUUCAAUAUUCGUUUUGCGUAUUUCACCAAUAGCUUCGGAACUAGACGGACCUCGUAUAUAAUUUGCUCUUCAAAGAUGCGGUCAGGCGUCCCUCCGUUAUAUAACGUUUUCUGCCCGGUACGAAAUAGACCGACCAAUAGCAACCCUUUAGGCUAUCUAAUGUGAGGUUGGAUAUACGCAACAUGUAGUUGUUUCAACAACAAAGAUGGAAGUUGGGGAACUAAAGACUGUAUAUGCUCACUAAAAGAACGAACGACUACUACUCAAAGAUUUUGAGGAGUAUGUAUUUCUGCAUCACCCGUUCCAAUGCUAUGAUUAGUCGAGGCCUAUCCAAUAGCAUAGCAUCGACCCAUUUAAGAUCGCGCCCUUUAGACACGCCCCUUGGAAAUUGAACAACGCACUUCAACGCAGAGGAUCCAGAAGGAUUUCAUAACGAGUCCAUUGGAAGAUAUCGAGGAACAUGAACAUCACCAAUGAAGGAGAGUAACGUUUCCACUUGCUAUAGGAAUUUAGUGAAGCACUAAAUAGUUAAUAAUAAUAAUGAUAAAAUGUGGUCACCAUUUAUUGACUUUUUGGGUAAGACUUGCUUUACUAAUAUAACCGCGUUAAAACCGCAUUCAUUUACUUUUCUUGUGUAGUUUCCCACUAUUCAUUAAAUGUUUUAUAGAAGUAAAAAAGUAAUCAAUAGAACUAUACACAUUUGUACAACAAUUAAUCAUUAUACAGGAUUUGAACAUUUUCUAUUCGAGCUCAUGCUUCAUAAUAUUUCCAAGGAUUGCAGAGUACCAAAUGAUUUAUGAACAGUUGUUUUUGUUCAGGAGCGGAUUGUACACCCAGAGGCUUCAACAGAGCGGGUCUGGAACUGGGAGCUGCAGGUGGAUGUUGGCCAGGAGCCGUUCAGUCCUACAAGAACAGACGGUAGAGGUGAUGGAGGCGGUCGUCUGGAGGUCCGUGGCGGUCGUCUGGAGGCGCUCGCUGCAGGUGGAGGGAAGGCCGGGAGCCGUGCAGCCCAACGGAUGCUGAACGGACUGAGGCGGAGGUCCUGGAGGCAGAGGCCAGCCUGGAGGCGGCGGUGCCCUGGAGGUCCUGGAAGCGUCCAACCUGGAAGCCGCCACCUGGCCCAUGGAGGGCCAGGUGGCGGCUCCUCAUCCAAAGGGCCUGGAGGCGGCCAACCUGGAAGGCCUGGAGACGGCGGCGGGCCUGGAGGUGGAGGCCAACCUGGAGGUCCUGGAGUCGGUGGGCCUGGAGGCGGCGGUUGGGUCCAACCUUGAGGGCCUGGAGGCGGUGGUUGGGACCAACCUUGAGGGCCUGGAGGCGGUGGUUGGGACCAACCUGGAGGUCCCGGCGGUGGUGUCCACCUGGCGGCGGUCAGCCUGGAGGGCCCGGCGGCGGCGUCUUGGAGGGCCCGGCGGCGGCGUCUUGGAGGGCCCGGCGGCGGCGGCGUCCUGGAGGGCCCGGCGGCGGCGGCGUCCUGGAGGGCCCGGCGGCGGCGGCUCAUCCAAAGAAAUGAGGCGACGUUGCGGAGGUCCAGGCGGUUGGCCCGGUGGAGGUCCUGGAGGAGACGGUCCCGGCGGUGGACGGCUGGGGGAUCCGGCGGUGGAGGUCCGAAGGCGGCUCGUGAUUAGACCAACCAGCUCCUCAUCCAUGGAAGCAGGAUUGAAGGAGUCACUGGGGAUGAAGAUCACUGCUCAGGGGCUGACGACCACUCAUCUUUCCGGAGAAGCGUCCUCAUGGUGCAGGCGGUCAAACCUCCACCUCUUUGAAGAGACCAAGCAGCUUGAUGACUGACUGGUUCUUUAUACUCAAGACCUCGUCCCGGAGCAGAGGACGGACCUAAGGCCCGCAGCGCAGCCGACUAGAGACUCCAUGUGGAACUGGUUCAAUUAAGUUGACCUCUCCUUCAGGCGACUUAAAGGGAGACCAGAUGUGCGGCAGCUGGGUGUCAUGGUGCAGAGACCCAACGCUGUACUGAACUACACCAGUGUGUCCUACUCCCAUAAACCCUGAGGAUCCCUGGAUGGCUACACCAGCACAUUAAUCCACACCCAACAUCAACACACAGUGCACACUCUAUAGAGCUCGUAAGUCUGCCCCUUGCGGCGGGACCUCGUGAGAUCGUAAGUUAUGACUGGGUUUCAAUGGAGAGAAAGUAAUUAUUUUCUCCAUUUUAUGUUUCACCACAU